AUGGCCUCUUCCGAGUCGUCUACCCUGAGUCCACCGGCACGGAUUACGGCUCUGACCGAUACAGACCGUGAAUUCAUACUGGCCUGGCAUCUUCUCAAUGAAGCAUCUCAGAUCUGCAAACCCUGCAAGGCAUCCAUCAUCGUGGCCUUUUGGGAAUCCCUGAAGCAGGACGGCCGGGAGGUACAACUCACAGCCCAGCACCUCGCUCACCUUGAGCUGCUCCCCUUUGAGACGCAGUUGCGGAUUGACAUCGCUCUCUAUCAGGACCUUAUCCGAUACGCCAAGGAUCCUGUGGCGUUCGAAAACCGGUGGCGACAGCGCUGGAUGCCCAUGUUUGAGGCCGCCAUCGCCAUCACGGCGGUGCCCGGCGCCGAAGAGUGGAUGACCAAGCUGUGGUGUGCCUGCGCGGGCAUGUACACCGCGAGAGAUGUCGAGCUCCAACGCGAGUUGGUUGGGCUUGACAUGUACAACUUUGAGAGCAUGCACGUCCGUCGUCUCUUCGUUGGAUCUGAGCCUUUCCUUGGGGAUGCAUGUGUGACGAGGACGAGGAAAAAGUGCCAGGAGGUUUUGGAAAGCUAUAUUGACCCGCGAACUCUGAGGGUUCACGAUUCAGGCUGUGACUCGGAGGAUCCUCUGCCUCUGGCGCCAACGCUGACCAUUUUCCAGGCCUGGGAUUUGCAGCAGUCCCCAGAUAGGUUGAAGAUGGCUCUGGGCAAGGUUGGCCGGGAUGAGGCGGAGCAAGCUGUAAAGAAACUCCAAACAAAACUAAACGAGUUUGAAGUGAUACUGCUGCGUCUCGACCGCCCUUUUGUCGAAGAAACUCAAAAAGGCACUGGCGCUUCAAGUGCCUCCACUGGUGUGACUCCAGACUGGAUACCAGACACGGCAGCUCCUGCACAAGUCGGGAACCUGCAUCCCAUCGCAAGGCCAGACGUGACAAAGUCUACACUCUACAGUACCUGUGAG